CCUCAUUUUAGCUAGAGGUUCUGUGCUGCAUGUCGUUUAGAGUACAUGACAUUCCAACACCCUCGAGCAAAGGCUGUUGGAUAGUGUACAGUCACUCUGCCUCCACUCCUUGCCAUGUAGUCAGGCUGAUCCUAACUGCAUGCUUUAAAGACAUUGAGUGUGUGUCCUCCGACGCGCAGGGUUGUGGUCGUAACUUUGAAGCUCCGAAUGUGAUUUCAUCACUGCAAGAAUUUCUCUGAUGGAUUACAACGCUGUGAAUGAGACUCAUUAUUGCAAGAGUUUCAUUACAGAUGCCUUGUCGGAGGUUCCUGGUAUUCUGACACCGUUGAGCUUAACCUGUCAGAUAUUGAGACUCUACGUUCUUCUUUAAUUCAAUUGAUCAGUAUUAUUUUAAAUGUCAUCAGUAACUACUGUUUCAUUUUAAACUAUAAUAGGAGUAGGAAUAUGUCGCCAAAUAAGAAGGUGAAAGAGUCAUGGCGUGAGAGUCUUGAAAACCUGUCAUCGAAGGAGUACUUUCUGGCCUGCAGUCGUCCCCAAGAAUUCAAUUAUCCAAAUUUCUUAGUUUGGUCAAAAGGACGUCUAAUUGGUCGAGCCCGUGUCAGGCAAGAAUGGGGAACUGCUAGAGCUGCUUUCCGUCAUAGCCAACAUCAGGUGCUACGUGAUACUGCCAAAAGAAUGGACAGUGAUUGGGAAAAUCGCAUUGAUGUCACAUAUGAAUCAGAGUUUUUCCAGCAACAACAAUCACUACGUAAACUUUUAAAGGGUCGUAGCUCAGUACACGAUGUGGCUGAUCAGGUUAUUAACAAAAGACAAAGGAUUGAGCUGGAGGACGAACUGAGAUCUCAUGAUGAGAAAGACCACGCAGGCAAGGAUGUGGCAUCACAACGGCGUGACAAUCGAAAGUCUACGAAUUCCCAUGAGGAUAGUAGAUGCAUCGACAACAGCAACAAUAUUGAUGAUGACGGUAAUGAUGGCAUAUUGAUAUCAAUUCCAAGAACCCCACCGAGAUCAAAUCAAAGAUACUUUGAGGAGGUUCCUCAAGUUAAAGAUUUGGAGGCAGUAUUCCAUCACGCUACUGAACUGAAUAACUUCAAGUUGAGUGUUAUCAACCAGGAUUUAUACAAUGAGGCCACUGUUUGGUUCCAAUCUAACAAUGGGCGAGAUGCCGAAACAGUUAUUCAAAACAUCCGCAAUGAUCCUUUCUGGGAACCCUGGAUCAAUGACUUGCUCUAUGACAGGUUGAAACUCCUUCGCUAUGGGCUAAACCCACAAGCCGAUGAGAAUACAUACACGUCCUAUUGGGUGCUUCCUGACUUCACGACACUGCAGACUGGCGUUUCAGGACUAAUAUCGAAAGGCUUCUCAAAUGAAAAUCAUUUCAUACCUUCGUCGUGGCGCCGCGCCCUUGUCAGAGACAAAACGCAUACUAAGGGAACAAACGUGGAUGCUUACUAUGUAGCUAUGGAUGGCCAUGUUGAUAUUAUUUUUGAGAACGUUGGCUCUCCUGCCUGUACCGAUCAUGCCAAACAUGCUGAGGACAAAGAAAAAUCGUUCCGAAAUGCUGCUGACGCCCUACUAGAGCGUUUCUACAACACUACGGGCUCAUUCGAAAUCGCGAAGGAGUAUUGUGUUAUUGUUGUUAUUGUGUUUGGACAUUACCUGUCAGUAUACACAACAAGCAUUAAGGAUUCGAAUGAGUUCAUUGUGAUAAAUAUUCUCCACGAGAAAUACCACCUCUCCAAAUAUGCUUAUCUUGCGAAAAUUCUUCUGCAUUUAAAAUUUUGUCUUACGAUCAAGACUAUCAUGGAGAAUAAUAUUGAGGUCAAUGUAAAGUUUGGAAAAACACUGGGGUCGUUGCCACCUGAGGAGCAAGUAAAUUUUAACCUUAGUCUUCACAAAACACCAAAAAAAAAACCAGACCCGUCGUAGAGUCUCGCUGGCAGCUCUAAAAGGUGUUGACACAGAAAUAGUUAUAUUGCUUCAUUCAAAAAAAGAAAAUCUAUCUUCUCAUUACUGGCCCCCAUAUCAUAGAGAUGAGGUGAGUGUAGCGGUGUUUCUCACGGUGCUUGUUUCUUGG